UGGAGGAAAGAAAAGAGCUGGUAGUGCAGUUCAUGCCUGGACGAACAAAGGGUCCUUUGAUGCAGGAGGGAAACACCUGCUCGCAGCUCAGGAAUGAGGAGGCAAGACUAGUCAGUCACUGGGCUGCCAUUCCUCAUGGGAGAAGGUAGUGUGAUUGGAGGAAUGCAUGCUCUCAAGUUUGGGGUAAACUUUAUUACCGGUGGUGCCACAUGGAGAGGCUGGAGGAUGAAUGUGCUAAAGCAUGUGGAGAUUGUAGGAAGGGGGACUGGUGUGGUUGUACUGAGAAGGGGUAAUACGUGGCUUGUUGCUCACCCAGGAUGGUGUGGAAGGGGAAGACGGAGAAAUUGGGAUGGUCAGCUCUGCGAUCGACAGCCCAUCACCAGAGGAGUCCCUCACCCCAUUGGCCAGACUCAAGAAAGACAUCAACAGCGACAAUGUCUUCAAUAGACAAAUGGUUGCUCGUGGCUUACUGGACACCCUGAGAACGGUCUGCGACAAUGAAGAUGAUCGGGAAGCCGGGUUAGAAGCUAUGAGUCACUUAUCGGAAGAUAUCGAGCCGAUGGUGCGAGCAGAACUGAUGGAGCAGAUACCGCACAUCGCGAUGCUGUGCCACGAGCACCAGCAUCUCUUCCCAUCCACCAUCCAGGACUACAUCCUACCCACGGUGGUGCGCUACCUCACCGAUACAAACAACCAGGUUCGGAAGACAAGUCAAGCGGCAUUGCUAGUCUUACUAGAACAGGAGUUAGUAGGGAGACACGACAUGGAAGAUCAGGUGUGUCCAGUCAUUGUCCAGUUGUCCAGUCAAGACAGUUCAGAUGACUACAGAACAGAGGCUGUUGCACUGAUGAGCAAAGUUGCACCUCUCGUUGGCAAAGACAUAACAGAGAAUUACUUUCUACCCCAGUUUACUGAAUUGUGCAAAGACAGUUUAUUUCAUAUACGAAAGGUCUGUGCUGCAAACUUUGGUGACAUUUGCAGUGUUGUUGGAGAGGAAGCAACUGAGAAACUUUUGUUACCAAGGUUUGAAGCACUGUGCGAGGAUGGUGUAUGGGGAGUAAGGAAAGCCUGUGCAGAGUGCUUUAUGACGGUAUCAUGGGCCACAUCCAAGCCUAAACGAGAGCGGGAACUCUCUAAUCUCUUCGUCCAUCUGCUGCGGGAUCAGUCUAGAUGGGUUCGAAUGGCAGCGUUUCAAGCUUUAGGUCCUUUCAUCUCGACGUUUGCUGACCCCAGUAUAUCAGGCAUUCACCUCUUGUACAACGCAGACGGAACGGUCCAAGUAGCUGGCGUAGUGCCUAUAGACGACGAUAUCACUAGCAACAAACAGACAAAUAACUAUCCCAAUAAUACAGAUAAUAGACUAGCAGAGCACAUGGUUAUAGAUGAACGCAGCAACAGUAACUCACGCUCGAACAAAGACGGCGCAAGUAACGAACAAAGUACCAGCCGUGACAGAAAGACUUUACACCAGGGGGUUGGGGAAUUAAACUUCAAAGUAGGCGAUGGGCAACCGCCCGCUAAUGAUGAUAGUCCCGAGUAUAGUUCUUUUCUAUUCUGGCGACAGCCAGUGCCGGUUCUUGGGACAGGAGGAAAGAAAAAAUCAAGUACUGAUAAGGAAGAGGAAAAGGCGAAGGAGGAAAAAGCGACAGAGGAAAAUAAAGGGGAAACCAUCGAGAUGGAAUCGGUAGAAACAUCGUCGCAGGACUCGAAAGACAGUGAGGAUGACUCUAGGACUAAAGAUGAUAGGUUUACAAGUACUACUCAGUUUGCAAUGGGAAGCAGCAGCAGCAGCAAUACGGGCGCCGCAGAGAAGUCAUUGCCCGAUUCCGGUAUCAGCAGCCCGGAGGCUGUGCAUGAGGACAAUGACAACCCAGCGUCAGGCGAGGGCGCCGAAUCCAAAGAACUGAAGAAAGACAUCCAGGACUUGGUGCAGACGAUAUCGCAGAUGAACCUAGAGGGCAACGGGGAAGACGCCGCUUCGUCGUCGCAGAGCAAUGACGGGGAGCAGACGGAGGCGGAUGGGAACGUGAAGCUUCACACUGCUGAUGUCAGUGAGGCCAACGACAUCACUGAGAUGGUGAUGCACCUACCCAGUACACAGACCCUAGAGCAGAGGAUCGAUGACAAGACACUGUCCUUUGUUAAUGGUGUCCUAGAAGAGGAAGAAGAGCUCAAUGAAUGGGCUGAAGUGGAACCUUCUCUCAACCAGGUUUCACCUAAACAAGACGUGAUUCCGCACAUGCUCCUGGAGAACUACCUGUCGAUGACGGACCCCAGGAUAGCUCAGGCGGUGGAUACAGAGAUCGCCAAACAUUGUGCCUAUAGCCUCCCCGGCGUAGCCCUCACCCUGGGCCGUAAGAACUGGUACUGCCUCAAAGACAUCUAUGAAACGCUUUCCUCGGACAUGCAGUGGAAGGUGAGAAGAACGUUGGCGUUCUCCAUCCAUGAGAUGGCCCUGAUCUUGGGAGAUUCCAUCACAUCCUCGGACCUGGUGCCUAUCUUCAAUGGCUUCCUGCGAGACCUGGACGAGGUCAGGAUAGGAGUCCUCAAGCACUUUGCUGAUUUUGUCAAGUUAUUGCAACCUGAGCUGAGGAGACAGUACUUAAACCGGAUGACAGACUUUCUGACGACGGACAACCAGAGGAAUUGGCGCUUCAGGCUAGAGCUCGCAGAGCAGCUGAUCCUGCUGUGUGAUCUGUACGACCCUAGUGACGUGUGUGAUAACAUCUUACCCAUCGCUAUGUCGCUAGCUGGUGACAGGGUGGCUGAUGUCAGAUUCACCUCCUAUAAACUGUUAAGCGUGAUUGCUAAGAUCGUCUUAUCCUCCAACAACGGUGACCUGAGGCAGACCUUUGUUCAGGAGGUCGUGACUAACUACGCCCAGAGUUCAAGAUGGGCUUACAGACAGGCGUUUUGUCAUCUGUGUCAGCGCCUCCUCCAGGAUCAGGCCGUUGAGCCAAAUGUGUUUGCCGUGGAGUUCCUGCCCAGUCUACUACAGCUAGAGGAUGAUCCUAUUCCUAAUGUUAGGCUCACGCUGGCUAGAACCGUCACAGAAUACAUUCUUCUCAUUAGUUACUUUGAUCAUAUUGAGAAUCCGUAUCGGGAACAUAUGUUGGCCUGUCUUAGCCGGUUACGUGGGGACGAGGACCGGGAUGUAAGGUUCUACUCCUGCCUGGGACCGUCGGGGGAUACUAAGGUCCAUUAUGCAGAAGGGGAACUUCCGGUAUAACGAGAAGUGCGCUUUCUUCCUCACCAGAUGGACUUUCUUACAUAACUUCCUUCUUCCACAUGUGUGCUGCAUACGACAACCUCACUCACUCAAAAAACAACACAUACCGGUAUGCCUUCACGUCCACAACUACUACACAUUUUUGUUGGCGUUACAAAUUUCUUGAAAUUUUCUUUUGACCACCUUAUGCAGCAGAGGGAUAAUUCAAUAGGAGCAGAUUGACCAGCCCUUUAUAAAUGAAAAUAUGUUUUAGUAUCGAGUAUAUUAAAACUGUGGAACAUUGCCUCCCUUUUCAUGGUGUGUAUCAUUGUUCUUGUCCGCUGCUUGCGAUAAGUUCUUAUUUAUUUACAUUAUCUUUAUUUUCAUUUACUUAUAUUACCUCACAUGCCCAUGCUAGCUGGAUUUAGGGAUUGAUUAAAAGAAAGUUGAGUAAUUCCUUCAUAUUUUUACAAAGAUUUAUGAUUCCCCUAACUCGACAUAUAAAAUGCAACGUAUAAAAAUGAAAAGUGCUAAUAUGUAUAGUCCGUUAGCUUUUAAUCUGAUGUUUGCAUUUUAAAAUUAUGAGUAAACUAAGCGCAGGGUUAUGCCUGCAAUGCCUAUAUGCAGGUAGUAUAUCGUUUUUUGAUACAACAAAAUCAUCCAUUGUUUUCAUUCGAAUUUAUUGUGAUAGAGAAGGCAAAAUAUGUAGAGAUACCUCACUUGUAUGUUGUGGUGAUGGUCACUGAUUAGGUCCUGAUUUUUAAAAAUGGUAUUUUGGUUUAACAUUUUCAUGCCACUUAGGUUGAGCUGUGUGCUCUUAGGAAUCACUGUUUUGAAUUGGAUGUUAGGUUUGGAUUAUUCACCAAUGCUGUUCUGCCCUUUCUUUUUGAGCACUCCUAAAACUGGAAACUUCUGCGUGCUCGAACCUUCGUUGAGAUUUGCAAGUUACUGGCCGCGAAAUCAGUCUUCGUUAAUUUGAGAUAGUGUCUGGUUUGUAGUAGCUCACAGGCUCGCUUGAAAGGCCAUUGCUUUUGUAUUUUUAUGUACUAACCCACUCUCUUACUGUAUCCUCGAUCUACACCAGUCCCACGUUGUCUAUUUGGGACUUCCCCUUGUAAAUCGUGCUUCUUUCUCAUUCAUAAGCCUUCUUCUGUGUACUGAAUUGGUGAAAGCCUUGAUUCAUUCAUACCAGAGUUUGUGCUUAAGCAAGAUAAUGCUGUUGCUUCUCUUCUUUCAUUAUAAGGCUUUUAUUCUUGUUGUGAAUGAACAUAAUUGAGAGUAAUUUUAAAUUGACAUGUUUUCUGUAUCUCAUACAGUGAAUUUUUUAAAUGUCUAUUUUAGGGUACAUGUAUAAUGUCUAUUUUUAUAUUCUUUCCAGUGUAUGUACUUUUUUUUUCCUUUAUGAUCUAUUUUUCAUCCUACCAAAGUGUAUAUACGAUUGCUAUUUUUUAUUAUUCCUGAGCAAGCCAUAUGAUCAUUAAAUUCUGAAUUCAUAAAAAGUGGAAUUGAUUCAAGAAAUUCAAUAUGGUCCUUAUUUACCAAUCAUGAUACAUACAUGAACCCUGAUUAUGCUAUAUGCUUGCUUUGAUAAUUUUGAACAAUUUUCAUUUGUUUCUAAGAAUAUGCAGUUUGCCCGGUUGAAUAUAUUGAUAUAAGUCCAAAUUUAUUUUAUUCUACCAACCUUGGCUUAAAUUUUAAUCAACCAUACUUGUUGAGUACCCUUUUUUAAAAGCAAUAUAACACACCCUAUUUACUGUGCAAGAUUCCUUUUUAAGAAAGUAUCUUUUACAAUAUAUGUUGUGUUCGAUUGAUCGUCGAUGCAUCUGUACUAUCAUUGUUUCAAUCCUAUUUUGUUUUCAUUGUUACGAUGCUGGUUUUAUGUUAUGCUUCAUCACACACACAAUAGAUUGAGGAGAAUGGAAUUUCUGUCUCUUUUUCUCCAGUUUUCAAGCCGGAAUAUCCAUGCUAUGUAAGGUGAAAGCAUAAAGAUCAACCAUUAUAAUUGUUGGCAUCCCCUUUAAUAUAUAUUAUGAUUUCUUAUACUCCUUCAUCAUGCAAUGUUUUAAUUAAAAAGGGGGGACAUUUGGAUAUUCAUUAAAGGGUUAGUAUGUCUAUGCAGUAUCAAAGCAAAAACUGUUGGUUUUUUAUCACAUUUUAAUGUUGUGUCAGAAGUCAGUAAGUAACUAUCCGUAUUAAAGCAACAACAAAAAUACGCCUCUGGAGUGCUAAUGCAUAGUGGCUCAUCCAGUAGCAAAAAUUUCAAUGACGGACAAUUAAGAUGUACUCUUUCAUUCUCUCUGUGUAGCGAGUUACCAUGAUAACGUUCAACCCUGCUUGUCCCAAUACAAGGAACACAAUGAUCAAAAUUUGAACUGUUCAGUACAGACUUUACUACUAAAACUCAUUGGUUAUUUUGCCUGUGCCUUUUACGGUCAAGUGUGUGUAUCAGCGCGAGUCGUGUUUUAAUGCUUUUACUACGGUGAUAUUCGAUGACAAAUUUAUUAGGAUUCAAUCUGUAUGGAUUUUACAAUGAGUCAGUUUUUAAUGCAUGAUUUAUGAUGCUCCCAGCUUUUGACUCGACUUGUGUCAGAAUCAUCAGGUUUUUAUUUUUUUAUUGUAUUAUCAUCAUGCCCACAAGGCUUUGUUGUGAAGAAAAGCUAAUUUUUCUAGAAUUGUCUUUCAUUGUGAUGGAUUGACUAAGUGAAAAUACUUAAUAGUACUUGGUAUAUAAGCAACGUGCUAUUGGGAAUUUCAGUGUGAUGUAUUGCAGAAAAAUAGUAUCUUGUUUUUAUUGAGUAGGUUUCAUGAAGCAGAAUAAAGGGACAUAUGUAUGUAUGAUAUUGAAGACAACAGAAAAUGAUUAAUAUAUAUGCAUACUUAUAACUAUGACUUGUUAAACUGUACUACUAACAACAGAACGCUGUAUAGGGUGUAUGAAAUUGUUUGUUGCUAUUAUUAACUUUUAUAGUCUGGAGAAAAUGUGCAAAGAGGGUUGAAAAAAUGAGAUAUAUCAUGUCGUGUAUAGUCCAAAAUUAAAUUCUGAAUUGUAUGAAGAUGAAA